UGCCCCGAGUCUUUUAGUCUUCGUCACUCAUUGAUAAAUUAAUGAACGAUACCUCGGAGCCACAGAUAUGUAAAUUCUCCAUUAACCUUCAAGUCCUCUUUCACAUCUUAUUGCUGCGCCUGCACAUCAUGCAUGAAAGACUCGAAGAUCUAAGGCAAGAAAAAAGUGCAGCAGAUCAGAGAAUGGCGCUAGAGUUUGCUGCAGGAAAUGAAUGUUUCCGCCGAUGCAGCAGGAUUUGCAGCCAGGUAUACCAAUCAACACCACAGUCCUUUCUACUCGGCUUCUGUUCUGACAUGGCAGCCGAUUCAGAGAAGGAUGCUUCCGAAGGGCAUGGAGGUGCUCGGAACACAGGCGAGAAAGAUCAUAAACCUGCAAGUUCUAGGAAAUUAACUGAAGCUGAGAGAAAAAGGAAACAAGAAUGCCAGAGGGAUUCUAAUGCUAGAAAGAAGGAAAGGAUUCAAAACACAGAGAUAGAGGUGGAAAAUCUCAGAAAACAGUGUGCCUACUACAAAGGGCAGGUAGAUGCCUACAACAAAGGCCUUCAGGAGGAAAUUGGAAAAGUUGUCAACAGCGUUGAAAAAGUUAUUAACUGCGCUGAAAAAGUUGAACAAGUUGGAAACAGAGUUGAAAAACAAACUGCUCAAAUUGACAACCUUUGCGAGCUAUUUAUCGAAGGGAAACACUCUGCAGGUAGAAGGGGAAGCACGUCUUCCAGCACAGAGGUGCUAGAAGGGGCUCCUAACCCAAUGGCAUCGGCCAUGAGGUGGAAUCGCUCGCUAAUAUCAGGCUCAUUUAAACCAUGUCAAUCACUCCCUGAUGAGUGCUACCAGCUGGCCUUCAACAGUCUCAUGGAGCGUUACAGUGCCUCUGAAACACAUCACGCACAGGAGAAAGUUGCCACAGAAGCACGCCAUGCUCAGGAGAUGGCUGCCAUAAAAGCACAACAUGCUCAGGAGAUGGCUGCAGUCAGGACAGAGUACGGCCUAGACGUGGAGAACGAGAUAUUGCAGGCGCCUGCAGGAGCCUCACCAGGCAUCGAUUAUGGUGAUCAGUUCGUGAAUUAUAGCCUGUUUACAGGUGCUCCGUAAUAUUUCUUGUUUGUGUUAAUUUCUCCAUGUUGAUACUGGAAGAUCUGCGAUACUUUUAUGUGUGCUUAAACUGAAGUUUUUGGACCUAAAAUGUCUCACGUGUCAUUGUAAUACUCUCGAUGAUAAUGUUGCUGAUUAGACAACAUGAAAACUUUUGUCUA